AUGGCACCAGCUAAACGUAGACGUGGCAAUGGACCGCCAACAACAAACAGCUCUAAUCCCACAAUUAAAGCCGUCAAUUCAUGCGAACAAAAUGGUAUCGCCAUUUCUCCAAAAGACACGGACGUUCCGUCACUUUCUACGACGUUACAACGUCUUGAAACGGAAUAUACGUCACUUCUGAAGGAUUUAAAAGGUCGAUUUAGUUUUAUACGUGCUUUAUUAAUUGAAUUUUGGCCCGAGAUCCAGCGGAAUCCACACGAUGCGACGCAAUUGCCCGUGAAAGACGACGCUCAAUGGUUUUGGUUUAAAGAAAUGCAUUUUAUGGUCAUUUUUCUCUAUGAAGUGGCAUUUAUGGAGUUUUCCAUGAGUGUGACGAAACCAGACUCAAUUACAUUGGAAGAGACGGUGGGAGAAAAGAGGACAAUGUCUCAUCGUCAAGACAUGGAAGAACGUGUGACUUUCUUGGCGAGAUUGAAGAAAUACGUGGAUGAACUGGCUGAAUACCGCUUGAUAGUUACGAAACAAGUGGAUAAAAGACUGCCGAGAGUGUUCCGACUUGCAGAAAGGUACAAACUAUCAGCUGGAGAGACAACACUAUUGCAGCUGCUUGUGGUCAUACAAGGCUGUCAGAGCAAUGCAGUACGUUGUCAGAUAUUGGAUGAGGAUAUACAACGUCGAGGUAUGACUUGUCAAAGACUCUCGGGGCUGUCAGAAGUAGAUGUGGCAGAGUUUCGAGAUGAUGAACGCGAACAUGUGAAAGAAGGCACACUUAUUGUAGAUGAGGAGUCGUACGGCACGACGUUGACGUUAUCGAAUAUAUGCGUGCGUGUCUUACUCGGACGACAUUUGACUAGUAACCAGGUACUGAAAGUAAGUCAGACAGCACUGGAGGAACUUCUUAAAGAUGAAGGUAUGUCUUUUGGAGAAAUGCUGGACACGACAACUACUUUGACGUCGACAACGACGGAUUCAAAUGCUAGCGGACAUAAGCGUGAUCACACUGGUGAGAAGGUGGAUGGAGAGCAGGAAAACAAAGGGACGGAUGUACAUCGCGAUACAAGUGACAGUGACAUAGGAGACAAUGAAGAAUGUGACGAUUCCAGUACGUCUGCGUUUUCAUUCAUUGGCAAGUACAAAAAUGAUAGCAAGCGCGCGGGGCGUCAGGCAAAGGCCGAUGAAAAUUUGUUGCUGAAAUCAGCAGAGGCCGGCAGUGAGAAGCAUCAUUUGUUCUCUUCCUUGAUGGAUUCGAGCGAGCUGAAGCCGUACAGCCCGGAGAAUCAGCUCGAGUAUCUAGAGGAUCGGUUCCAGGUUGUGGCGUUUGCAAUUCGCGCGUCUGGUGCACGCGUGAAGGACCAGAUGAAGGAAGCAGGCACAAAGCAGCCAUGGGAAUCGUCAGCACCAGCAUCUGCUGGUCGACGAGAGCUUAAGGCUAAGCAGCGAGUAUACAGUCGCCGCACUCAGCACCGAUUGGCACUUACACGGCAAGCUGGUCACUCGUUGCCGCGACUGGAGGAGCUGGCUGCUAAGUUCAAGCUGAAUCGAUUUGAGCAGAAUGUGAUUGUAAUGCUUAUCGGUAAGACCAUUUCCCCGGUUAUCAAGAAUCUGAUUGACGGUGUGGAUACGUCUCCAGUGCAGCGCAUGGACGAAAGUGUGAUCAUCAACCAGAUUCUAUCGAUUUUCUGCGAUACCUUUCAGGAGCAAGUGGCGCACCGUGUCUUCUUUUACAAGUCUUCCCGUCUGCUCACUCGCGGCCUCGUUAAACUUCACCGGGGCCGUUGGCACUCGACGGCAGGAGAUCUUGUGGAUCAGCGUGUUGAACUGGACCGCCGCGUAUUGGAUUGGGUGGUUGGCCUUGACACAGAGAUGAAUGAGCUGGUGGAAGGUUCGGAUUUGUACACGCCUAAGGUACAGCUGGAUCAGGUUGUGCUACCUGAAGAGCACAAAAGCACUAUCCUAGAGACUGUAGAAAGCUACGAAAGCUUCCGAAGAUACCGCAAGAAGAGUGGACUGGAGCAAGCAGGGAUGGUGUAUGGUGCUGGUCUGGUGUUGUUGCUCUGUGGUGCGAGUGGUACCGGUAAGACUAUGACAGUAAACGCUGUCGCGCACCAUCUCAAGAAGCGUGUGCUCUUGGUGGACUUUCCAUCGCUGCAGGGAAAGCGCCAGGAAGGCGCGGAGCCGGAUGCGGACUUGCGUGGUCUGUUUCGUGAAGCUGACAUGAGUAAUGCUGUGCUUUUCUUUGAUGAGUGCGAGAACAUCUUUCGUCAGCGUGACGGUGGAGGGGAUCGACUGCUGAAUGCUCUUCUUACUGAGAUUGAGCGGUAUGAAGGCAUCGUGUUUCUUGCGACGAACCGACCAUUCGAUCUCGAUGAGGCCAUGCAUCGUCGCAUCACUGCUGUUUUCGAGUUCAAGGCACCGGACCAUAUUCAGCGGCGCAAGAUUUGGGAUGUGCUUUUGAUACGGGGGGCUAUGCAAGUUGAGCCCGGUAUUGAUUGGGACACCAUAGCUCUGAAGUAUGAGCUCAGUGGCGGCUUUAUCAAGAAUGCCAUCCUGUCUGCCCUCCUGAAGGCCAUAUCACGAGAUAGCGAGUCACCUGUGAUCUCGCAAGCUGACAUUGUGGCAGGUUGUGCUCUGCAGAUGCGCGGUAGCCUGCAUAUGAAGACAUUUGAUCACCGUGUUGUGCCCACAAGCGGAUUGGAUGAGCUUAUUGUCGAGGAAUCAGUAAAGGAAAAAUUGCGCCAGGUUGUGCAGUUCGAGAAAGCGCGCAGUGUCAUUUACGGGCAGUGGGGGUUUGACUUUGGUCAAUCGAACAAACAGCAGAAGGGUGUGAGUGUGCUGAUCUGUGGCCCAGCAGGCAUCGGUAAGCUGAAUGCUGCCAAGAGUAUUGGUUUUGAGAUCGGUCGCCCGCUGAAGGUGGUCAACUUUUGUCAGCUGGCAGCUGACUCGGCCGCUGAGACUCGAAAGGCACUGCGGGCUGUAUUUGAUGAUGCCCGUCUAAUGGAUGCAGUUCUGGUGCUCACUGGGUUCGAGUCCUUUGGCAGCCACAUUGAAGGAGGCGUCAUCCCGAUCGAUAAUCUAGAGGCGUCGCCUCGCUUCCGCAUGGAGGUCAUGCGACUUCUUGAGCUGAUGAACACGUUCCCUAGCACCACCAUUUUGCUAGCCAACGUGGACAGAUCGACGUCCGCGUCACUGAUCCAGUCGGAGUUCUGUCGCCGUCUCAAGUUUGUCGUCGAGAUGCGUAAUCCAAACGCCAAGCUUCGUGAGAAGCUGUGGCGCGCGUGUUUUCCUCCCAAGGCACCGCUAGACACGAAAAAGCCCAUUGAUUUCCAGCGUCUAGCUGAUCGCUACGAUCUAAGCAGCACGGCAAUUAGCGACGCUGUAUUCCGUGCUGCUGCCAGCGCAGCUCUGCGGGAAGAGAGCACACGUGUCAUCACGAUGAAAGAUCUCACUGGUGCUGCCGAAAUUGAACGACAAAAGGCACGAGGCGGUGCCGCUGCCAUGGAUAACCUCUUCGUCUAA